UCAAUACAGCGGUUCACUGCAAGCUUCCUGGCCCUCGGAUCAACUGUUUUGAUCCGAUCUGGCCCUCUGACAAAGGAAGACUUUCUCACAUAGGCUAUUGGACAGAAUAUUCUGAGACGGACUCGCUCUGAAGUGUGUGAGGAGGUGUGAGCAGGUGAAUAUUGACGCUGGACAUUUUGCGCUUGGACAAUGCUUGCAAUUAGUAGGGGAAUACAUUUAUUAUCAUCGUUUCAGCCCGAAAAGAAAGUGUGCGUGGAUUUUUAACGGAGGAGCCUUCUGAAACAUCAUCACACCGUGUUGGUCAUUUCUUCUUCAAAGCUGUGGAGGAGCGCAGUGUCUUCGGGUGUUUGCGAAGUGCUUUAGCUCGCCAGCUCAGUUUUUUUUCUUAAGUUCAAAAAAGUGCACCCAAACGCGCAGGACAGGGCUUAAAUGUUCGGGAUCCAGGAGCAUCUGAUGCGAGAAGUGAGCGGAUUAAAAGAGAGAAGUCUUGGAGAGGAGAUGGAUCCGGUUCGGUCGUGGGUGCGUAAUGUCGGGGUUGUGGAUGCGAACGUAGCGGCGCAAAGUGGAGUUGCUUUGUCAAGAGCUCAUUUUGAGAAGCAGCCGCCCUCAAAUCUCCGAAAGUCCAACUUCUUCCACUUUGUCCUGGCGCUCUAUGACAGACACGGCCAACCUGUGGAGGUGGAAAGGACUUCGUUUGUGGACUUUGUUGAGCAUGACAAGGAGCAGACGGGAGAAAAGACCAACAACGGCACUCACUACAAGCUACAGCUCCUCUAUAGCAACGGGGUUCGCACAGAGCAGGAUCUUUACGCACGACUUAUUGACUCUGUCACGAAACAGCCCAUAUCGUAUGAGGGACAAAACAAAAAUCCAGAAAUGUGCAGAGUUCUGCUUACACACGAAGUUAUGUGCAGCCGCUGCUGUGAGAAGAAAAGUUGUGGCAACCGAAACGAGACGCCCUCUGACCCAGUCAUCAUUGACAGGUUUUUCUUGAAGUUUUUCCUGAAAUGUAACCAGAAUUGUCUGAAGACAGCGGGAAACCCGAGGGAUAUGAGGAGAUUUCAGGUGGUCCUGUCCAGCACUGUGAGUGUGGACGGCCACGUCCUAGCAGUGUCCGACAACAUGUUCGUCCACAACAACUCAAAACACGGUCGGAGGGCCCGCAGACUGGAGCCAGGCGAGUCCGUCGAGAAUUCUAUGGAAUAUGCCACCCCGUGUAUCAAAGCCAUCAGCCCCAGUGAGGGCUGGACCACCGGCGGGGCGAUGGUCAUCGUCAUCGGGGAGAACUUCUUUGACGGGCUGCAGGUGGUGUUUGGCAGCAUGCUUGUGUGGAGUGAGCUAAUCACGCCGCACGCUAUCCGUGUCCAGACACCUCCUCGACACAUCCCCGGGGUCGUGGAGGUCACACUGUCUUAUAAAUCCAAACAAUUUUGCAAGGGAGCACCCGGACGCUUCAUCUACACAGCCCUAAAUGAGCCAACUAUAGACUACGGUUUCCAGCGUCUUCAAAAGGUCAUUCCUCGACAUCCUGGUGACCCAGAGAAACUAGCCAAGGAGAUCCUCCUGAAGAGAGCGGCAGAUCUUGUGGAGGCCCUGUACGGAAAUCCACACAGUAAUCAGGACAUGCUGCUGAAACGUGCGGCCGACAUCGCAGAGGCGCUCUACAGUGUCCCCCGUCCUCACAGUCAGCUGCAGGCGCUGCCCAGCUCACCAGCCCACGGCAGUGUCAUGGGCCUGGGCUCUUAUCCUUCUCAGUUAGGCGUCAGCAUCGGGGAGCAUGGACAGAGCAGCCAAGGUUACAUUCGAAAUUCCAGCAGCUUGUCUCCAAGGGGUUACCCAUCAGCCUCCACUCCUCAGCAGUCAGGCUACGGGGGCAGCGGAGGGAUGACUGGAGGCUAUGGGACAGUUCCCAUGACCAGUCUAGGAGUACCUGGCUCUCCUGGUUUCAGCAGCGCUUCCCCCACAGGCUCUCCCUACAUAAUGCCCUCCAGCCCUACUAUACCAGGAAGCUCCAGCUCUUCAUCGUCUCUCUUGCCUUUCUCUUCCUUCCCGUCAGCUGCUAAACAGAAGAGUGCUUUUGCUCCUGUCCUCAGGCCCCAGGGCUCUCCCUCCCCUGCCUGCCCCGCCUCAGGGGGGAACAGCUUCAGAGGUAGCCAUCCAACUCACUAUCUGACCCCCCUGUCUGAACUCACGAAUGCAGUCUAACCUCUUGUACUAACCGCUCGAAAGCUUUGACUGAACAAGACGGAAAAGAAGUUACUGGAUGUACAAUAAUGCAAGACCUGAUUGAUUAGAAUCAUAGAUUUUGUAUAUUUUUUUCUCUCCAGCGAUGACGGGCCUGGUUGUUCCCCCGAUGUAGCAAAGCACCCACUCCAAUCUACCCCAGACCACUGCUUCACUUAGCCCCUCUUUUGGCAUUAAGAGGGAAGGGAGAAUGGAAAAUUGAUCACUAGCGACCAUGUAUAACUUUCCCUCCUGAGCCCCCCACACCCGCCAUUUCUUAGUCCCUUUUUCAUCCAGGUGGAUGAACAGGACCGGGUACGAAAAUGUCCAAAGACCAGCCAUCUACUCUACUGUGUGUGUGUGUGUGUGUGUGUGUGUGUGUGUGUGUGUGUGUGUGUGUGUGUGUGUGUGUGUGUGUGUGUGUGUGUGUGUGUGUGUGUGAUGAAGCGUCUGCAUUUUGAAAGGAGACAAAAGGAGAACCGAAGCUUCAAAAGCAUCUGUAUUUACCUCUGGCCUGCUAUCACGUGCAGUAUGUGAUUCUUCCAACAACCUUCCCAAACCUUAGCCAGAGAAGUACGGGACACGUUGCGAGAGCACUGACGGACUCUAAGAAGCUCUAAGAAGCAGGGUGCUAUUUGUCUGUGUAUGGACUUAAAUGGCAUGUGUGUACACUGUCUGUGAGUUAGCGAGAAGUUGUUUUGUAGUAGACUUUUUGAAGACAAUUUACAUUCCAGAAAAAUAGACCCUUUAUUUUUUGUUCUGAUCUCUGCAGUUUUACAAGGGAGAACUCUUUGUCUCAAGGGUUAUUACUAAAGGAAUUCAUAUAUUGAUUUAUUUAAGAACAAGCAAUUUAACUUAUUAUAGGUAGUUUAGGGAAUAAUAUAAAUGUGUUUUUAUAAAGUGGUCCUUUUCCAACUGUUACUGAAAUAAAGUUAUCUCAACAAUUGCUAAUUAAUUUGCUAAAUGAUCAUAGGGAAAUAUGGCGGAGAACAUAACAAUAACACACUUUUUUGGAACAAAACAUCCCCAGUUUUCAGGUUCUUGCAUAACAAAAUCUUAAUAUUGUGCUCACAUCUGAAGGAGGUUAUUGUCCUUGUGUAAAGGAAAAAUGUUAGUUAGCCUUAUCCUUUUUAAUUUCACUUAUAAUGCAUGCUUUGUCACACCAAUGCCCUGAUAUUAUUUCACUCAACAUUGCAAAUUUAUAUGACUAUAGCUUAUAGAUUUUACAGUUUUUAAUUUUAAACCUCUCAACCCAGUACAGGUCUCCAGUCACUAUGCAGUACAGUAAAUGAAAGCACAAACUGCUCAAUUGAAGAACGGGGCAUAUUAGGUGUUCGUUAACCCAUAUCAUGCUGUUCUCACUCAUUGAUUUCUGUCAUCACAACACAAACUUCAUUCUCAGGAUGUGAAAACUAAGAACACAGAGUAGAUGACAUUUGCAAAUGUGUUUUUAGAGUUUGGUUAAUUUUAUUUAUUUAAAAAAAGUAUUAGCAAUUUAUUAUUAUGUUUUUUGAAGCCACCUUUCUUUGAAACGGUACAAAAAAUGGUGCAAAUGUGAUUUGUAUAUCUCAAGUCUCAAGGUGUAAUUAUAUUUUGUGCUCCAAAUAAAACAAAUAUGAAAAAAGUCA